GUUGCACACAGCAGUGCAGCAGUGACAGGAGAGUUGGUUUAUAUAGCGGUGACUCAGAGCGCCGCGCGCACUCGCUACAUGAAUGAGCGCGCGGAAGACACUAUCACACUAUCAGCGCAGCGCCAGAGCCGAUCAGAUGAGAUGUCGUUUUAGAUCACUAUCAUACUUUCAAAGUUUUACACAACUUUCAAGAAGGCGAUUGUCAGAAGUUUUGUGGUGAACGUCACGCGGCGCGUAUCUGGACACUAUGCAUUGUCAAGCAGAGCUGAGAGUCGCGAGCAGCGCGCAGCUGAAAGCCGCCAGAAGACGAUACAAGACUUUCAUGAUCGACGAGAUCCUCUCCAAGGAAACUUGUGAUUACUUCGAGAAACUUUCUCUUUACUCGGUUUGUCCCUCUUUAAUCGUCAGACCCAAACCACUGCAUUCAUGCCCUGGCUCUGCUCCUCUGAGAUCGUACCCUCUCCUGUCUGUGAUCACACACCAGCCGCCUAGCAGCCUCCCGCAGAUCUCUCAACCGUCUCCUCACCUGCCCCUUCUGUCACCCCCGCACCCGCUCACCUCCGAGCCCACAGCCAGCGAGACGCCGGUCAGCAUCAGCAGCGAAUCAGAGACGGAGCACUGCACCACGCGGCUGAAGAAAGCCCGCCGCAGCCGCACCAUCUUCACUGAGCUGCAGCUCCUGGGCCUGGAGAAGAAAUUCCAGAAACAGAAAUAUCUCUCUACUCCAGACAGAUUGGACCUGGCUCAGUCUCUGGGACUCACACAGCUCCAGGUGAAGACAUGGUACCAGAACAGACGCAUGAAAUGGAAGAAAAUGGUGCUAAAAGGAGGACACGAGGCUCCUACCAAGCCCAAAGGCCGCCGACCUAAGAAGAACUCCAUCCCAACCACAGAGGAGAUCGAGGCCCAGGAACGGCUGGCGGCCAAACUAGUGGAGGAGAGGCUACGAGCCGGAGCGGAAGAGGAGGUCUUCCAAUCUCAACCUCAAGAUCUCAGUACAUCUAUUACAUCCGAAUCUAUCUGUCCAGAAACCCCGGCACAAGAACAGGCCCCUCCCUCUCCGUCAGAAGCAAUGACGACUAGCUAAACGCAGCUGUGCUGACACUACUGAAAGACUUUGAUGCUCCAUGGACUUGAGCAGUUGAACGGCUCCCCAAGCCUGAUUUUGAGUUGACAGUGGCCCCAAAAGUAUAGCGGUACUUUAGACACACAAAUAUGUGUGAAUGUCAUUGCAAAACAACAAAACAUCAAACCAAGUGGCUUGAAUAAGCCAAACGAGAUAGAAUAAGCACACUUCUCAGGCGAAUCAUUUCACAAAAAUGAGCUUCUUUAGGUUUUAAAAGAUAAAACAGCUGGACACUGUAUUUGGACGCAUUCUGGUUGUCAAACUGUGGAUCACGUUCAUACCCGGCCAACAAAAACAUGUCCUAGGAACGUUUUGCUAAUGUUCCCAUUGAGUUGUGAACACAUUAUGUCUGAAUGUUCUCUGGACGCUCGGAAUGUCCAGUUUUUAAAAUGUUUUAAAAACGUCUGUUCUUGGUUAUUUGAAUGUUAGGAGAGCAUUCCAUUUUAUCUUUGUGCAAACAUUUUGGGAAUGUUACUUUUGAAUGUUCUCUGAACGUUCUGAACAAAGUGGUAACGUUUAAAAAAUGUUAGACAAACGUCCAACUAAAACCUUUCAGAAAAAAAGUUCCAUGAACAAUGUAUAGAUAAUGUUUUGUGCUAACGUUGUAACAACAUUACUAAAUGGAUAGUUCACCUAAAAAUGAAAAUCCUGUUAUCAUUGACUCAUCCUCAUGUCUUUUUUAACAUGUAUGACGUUCUCUCUUCUGCUGAACACAAAGUAACCUAUUUUAAAGAAUGUUGAAACCAGUUUCUGGUCCCCAUUGACUUCCAUAGUUUUUAUUUUUAUUUUUAUUUCAUACUAUAAAAGACAAUCGGGUCCAGCAACUGUUUAGUUACCCACAUUCAUCAAAAUGACUUCUUUUGAGCAUAAAAGAAGACAUUUUGAAGAAUGUGGGUAACCAAAGAAUCUCAGGCGGCAUUGUUUUCAACUAAAAACAUUUUUUUAAAAAUGUAUGUGUUUUGGUCGAUGAUUCACGCAACAACAGCAUUUUGGGGGCCUUAAAAUGCAAAGGUUUUCAAACGAUUCAAAGUUUUUAAAACGAUACUGUUUCCAUGUAAACUACAAAAAAAAAAAAAUUGCGAAAUGAAUUUUUGUGAAAACUAUGCAUGAAUAAUAGGCCUAGCAUGAAUAAUACAGUGUUUUUAGCCGUUUUCACGGAUUCGCAUGAACAGGGAUCAUUUUGACAAUGUUGUCGUCUGUAUGCGAAACGUUUCGAAAACACAAAGGAAAAACUUCUUCAGUAUUUAUUACAUCAUUGUCAUGUGAACAUACAGGUUUGGAAGAACUCGAGGUUGAGUAAAUGAUGACAGAAUUUAAAUUUUUGGGAGAACUAUUCAUUGAAAGACUAAAUAACUUUGAACAAAUAAUCUAUUAACGUUACCGGAAGAGCGUUCCCUUUUAGAUGAAUAGUUCGCCUGUGGUUUCUCUGACUUCAUAUAUCCGCUAAAAUCCUAUUUUUUGUUAUCUAAUGCAAUGACGUGCAGGCAUUUUAAAGUCUGCCUAAGUGUUAAAUUACUUUCCACUAUAUAUGGUGAUGCAGUGAUCAACACUGUAACGUUGCUUUAAAUGUUUCUGACAUACAGCUGCCUCUCUGAAAUGUAUUUUAUAAAAAUUUUAAAGGCAUUAACAUGCUGCCAGAUACGCCAACAUAUAAAACUUAAUCACACAGACUGACUUUCUCGCACCAGUACAGCACCAGUACGUUCCUCUUUUUCCCUGUAAAUAUUACUGGUUUAAUUGCACCUGUAGUUUACAGUGCACCUUUUUACUGUAGCUUGGGAUUCUGUGCCAAAACACAUAUAUCUGAGAAGCUAAAGUGCCCUUUGAGGUAUUUUCCCCCACCCUUUUUAACAUCCAUGAAGCUGCUGCCAUUAAAAGUUAAUUGAACGGGUUAGUAUGAAUACCAGUGUAAACAUGUACAGAGUUCUGGAUUUUGCAUGAGAAAAUGUUGCUCUUUUUAAAGCAGGAUUGUCCAGUUUGGGUAAAGAUUAGCUUUAUCCAUUCAACAUCUCAAUGGAUAAAGAAUCUGUCAGCUUAGUAUAGAAAAAGAACAUACAUUUUGAGAAAACAUUAAAGGUAAUAUUGAUUUAAGUAAACCUUCCAAAGUGCCCUCUCUCUGUGUUUUCUCUGUUCCUGUUUGCAGAGAAAAAUGGUUUCUUUUGUUCGUUUUAUGCGUGGCGUGCUUCAACUUCAUUGUAUUUCAACCGAAUCCUUUCUUCAAAUCACCUUUUUGUGUGUAUAACCUUUGCACGGCCGUUUAGUGCUAUUCUUUGAGGCUGAAACACAUGAUAUAUGAACUCCCAGAUGGAUCAUGCUAGCUAUUGUAUGUUUUGUCCCAUUUAAUUUUCUUUGGAUGAAAAAAACAUUGAACCCCUUUCCCCCACUGUGGAGUGGCGCAGUAUGACACCACUAAGUGCAGGCUGUUUUUAUUACUGUAAGAAAAACCACUUAAUCUGUCAGGGACGCAAAGCAAUUAAUAAAUCAAACUCGCACUAGUAAAACCUGCAAAAAAAAAAAAAAAA